AUGAAAGGAACUCUCAAAGUUCUGAUGUUCAAGCACCUAGUGGUGCGGGUGCGGAGGUUCAUUCAUACGGCUGUGGAGCUUAUUUCGCCCACUGUAUUUUUCAUAAUUCUGUUCAGUUUCAAGGACUACAUAAAUGAACCAAGCCCAAAACAUGCCAUGGACGUGUCUAACAUAUAUAAAACCGAGCCCAUCGCCCUGGAGUCGGUCCACGGACCAGAGCUGGUGUUCUACACGCCCGACAACAACGUCACCAGACAGCUGAUGGAACGGGUCGGCGAGAAACUGGGACUCAAGCGCCUCAAAUAUUUCCCGGCCGGAUUGAGGGGCCGCGGCUUCUACCCUAUUGCUGACGUGUCCGAGUUGAGGGAACAGAUCAGCGGAAUGGACGAGAGACAAGCGGUUGUCGUUUUCGAGCGCUUGGAGUAUACCAUACGGAUGAAGAACGAUUUCAUGACGCACAUCUACAACUCUCUGGACGAUGAAGCCGGUCCUCACGCGAACUUUGCCAUUAUCUACGAGCCUUUUAUGCGUCUUCAAUGGGCCAUCGACUCCAGUUACCUUCAGAUGACAACGGGUGUCAAUAUCAACCAGGUGUACCGCCGGCUCGUUUGCCACCAAUUCACA